UAUUGCAGAACGCCAUCUUUAAACCCCACAAGAGGCCAGCUACAGUUGUACACCGGGAUGAAAAACACUAUCCCUACAGCGGGAUAUAAGUUCAUAUCGUGGAGAUGGUAUGAUUGUUCCCCGUUUAAAUAACCAACAAGGAACUGUCCGGUGGGACUGUGAGGAGACGGUCACGGGACACCACGAGAGCCUUAAACUGCUGUUAUCAUAGGCAGACAACAACAAUAGACGGAAAGACAACAACAACGGACUAGCUCGCUAACUGGCUAGCUAGCGUCUUGCCAAGCGCUGCGCUGUUUUCACACGCUAACUGAAAGCUAGCUAAUGUUAGCUACUUCAUCAGCAUAUCUGUCCGGCUGCGCUGAAAUUUGACCGGGCGCGCUUUAAAGUUGGCAUUGGAUAUCCAGUUACAUCUACAGGGACAGUCCGUCAGCUCUUUGCCAAUUAAAAAAAAAAUCUAUAUUGAACUGAAAUUUGCGUUGUAGCUUUAGCUAGCUAAAAGCUAAGUCCCGACUUCUCCCCCUCCCCAGCGGCCCAGCCGGAGAUGCGUGGAAGAUGUCGGUGUCGGGGCUGAAGGCCGAACUGAAGUUUUUGGAGUCCAUUUUUGAUCCAAACCACGAACGCUUCAGGAUCAUUGACUGGAAGCCUGACGAGCUGAGCUGCCAAUUUAAUGUAACUGGGGAAAAGCUGUUAAUUAUCCACUGUAACAUAACGGAAUCUUAUCCAUCUACGCCGCCAAUAUGGUUUGUGGACUCUGAUGACCCGAGCUUGACGCAAGUUUUGGAGAGGUUGGAAGAUGUGAGAAAAGGCAGUACUCUGCUUUUGCAGCAGUUGAAGAAACUCAUUUGUGACCUUUGUCGGCUGUAUAACCUUCCCCAACAUCCAGAUGUGGAGAUGCUGGACCAGCCCCUGCCUGCAGGCCCUGUGGGACAAGACCGAAAGCAUGGGACAGAGGAGGUUACAUCUGAAGAAGAGGAGGAGGAGGAGAUGGGAGAGGACAUAGAGGAUCUGGACCACUAUGAAAUGAAAGAGGAGGAGCCUGUGGAUGGGAAGAAGUCUGAGGAUGAUGGCAUCGAGAAGGAGAAUCUGGCCAUCCUGGAGAAGAUCCGAAAGAACCAGAGGCAGGACCAUUUGAAUGGAGCUGUGUCUGGUUCCGUACAGGCCUCUGACCGCCUGAUGAAGGAGCUUAGAGAGAUCUACAGGUCUCAGAGUUACAAGACAGGCAUCUAUUCAGUCGAGCUUGUCAACGACAGCCUGUAUGAAUGGCAUGUCAAACUAAGGACGGUGGAUCCAGAUAGCCCCUUGCACAGUGAUUUACAAGUCCUAAAGGAAAAGGAAGGAAUGGAUUACAUUUUACUAAACUUCUCAUAUAAAGAUAAUUUCCCCUUUGAUCCACCGUUUGUCCGGGUGGUUUCCCCAGUGCUUUCUGGAGGGUGA